AUGUAUGUUGACAACCCUCAAGGACCACAGCUGGUUACCAAUAUACAGAAGUUCAUCUUUACAGAUAAAGUGAGAGUUUUUGUGACCUGCUAGAUCCACAGUUGUAAAAAGAAAAUGCCAUAUACAAUUGGAUCUCCUGUCUUCACAUAUGCCCAAGUAAUGUGGCACAUGCCAGAAAGUCAAAGGGGUGAAAAAGGGUGCUACCGCUUGAGUAUGUGUUCAAAUUUAAGCGAAACAAGUAUGGCUUACAGCCUUUAAUGAUGUGAUGGAGUAUUAAUUUACUAGUUAAAGUACACUUAUCAAUUAAUGACAUUUCCAAUAAAUCAAAGUAG